AUGCAACACUCAUUACCAAAUGUACCAUUUAAGGUCAAAGCUCGAUAUUCGUGGCCCGGUGAACAGAGAAAGGAUCUAGGCUUCCUUGAAAGCGAUAUUAUUGAAGUUACAAAAGUUACGGGCGAUUGGCUAUACGGCCACUUGCUACGUAAUAAGAAGAGUGGAUACUUUCCCUUUCACUAUGUGGAGCUGUUGCAAGGAACUUAUGGCAACUUCGACCCUCAACUGAGGCAAGCGAACGUUAAUGCAGCCAAACUACCAACAAUCGUGGCUCUAGAAACUCAAGCUACUGAUGAUAUGGCUUCAUUGGAUACACAAAGGGAAUCUAAGAAAGCAGCUAUUAGAGAUGAUGGUAAACAGGCUAUAGAAGGGAGUGGACCACAAUUAUCUAAGCAUGCAGAGAAAUAUGGUGUUGAGCACAUUAGUAAGAAACAUGACCCAAUGCCUACAAUUUGUGAUAUAUCUGGCCCAGUUAAUCCUAGCAAAGAUCCUAAGAAGAUUAAUGAAGCUCAUAAUAUCAAUAAGGACUCGAAUAAUGAUCGAGAGUCGCGUUACAGAUCUGGUCAUCUAAAGACAAAACAUAAUCCAACGCGUUUAAAACAAAAUAGAUAUUCAGAUCUACCACCGUUGCCCCCAAUGCCAAACUUACCUGAUAUUAAGAACAUGAUCAAGAAAGGAUUACCGGGUCCCGCCAGCGGAAGGGAAUCUCAGGUCGAAAACGUGACAAACACGAGGAAGCCACGAAAGGUAGCCGCGGGAAUUGAAACACAAAAUCCUUCCUACUACCGCAAGCAUGCUGAAUUUUAUGAUGGAUAUGUACCUUCUCGAGCAGAUGUUUCUUCAUCGGUUUUUGAUCGGUCGAAAUUCAUGGACGAAUCCUUAAACAACAGUGAGGAUAGUUUUGCCUAUAUGAGCGACUUUAGUGCUACUAGUGCUGGUAGUCUUCUAAGACAUAGGUUUGCAAGGUCAUUUGCGGCUUCAUUCCAUAGAUCUCAAGACCUUACAGAUCUGGAUGUGUAUGACAGCUUAGCAAUAAUGAACUCCAUUUCAUCGUGCAACUCACCUAAAGCUUUAAAUAAAGAGACCCCGGUUGCUGUCACUGCAGCGAACACUAAAACGCCGAAUAACUACCCCAAACUUCCAGACAUGACAAAUUUGCAUAUAUCGUCCAAUGAAGGCUUCGAAUGGCUUCAGGCCCAGGUCCACAUUAAGAGAGCGAAGUCAAUAACGGCACGUGAGAAAAGGGAUAGGGAAAUAAGAACUCUAUCUGCAAACUCUGAGAUUGUAUUGCGUCCUCAUGAUUACAUCAAUCAAGAAAUUAAUACAAAUGAGGUGUAUCACGGUGAGAAACCUGGACUGGUUGACAUAGACAUCAAAUCAAUGGACAAAGAAAAGGUCGAUAAGCAAACCCGAGAGUUCUGUAAGCGAAAUGAAACCAUUGACCUCGAAAACUUCUCAAAAUCCGGCCUCAUAUCUGGAUAUAAAACUGACAUAGAGCGACUAAGGGCAAUAUUCAUAUACUGCACUGAGUUUUUUAAAUUGGUGGAUGACAACGGCAAAACUGACUUUGAACAAGCGCCAAAAAACCUGGAUUCAAUUAUGCAAUCCAAGCGCUGCACUCCAUAUGAAUUGACUUGGAUAUUUAAACUCAUGGCUGAUAGCCUUGGUAUCAAAUCAGAUAUAAUACUUGGAUUUUUGAAAACUCCUAAUACUGAUAAUAUGACCUUUAAAUUUAAUCAUUGUUGGCUCCGUAUUGUUGUUAACCAAGAAAUGAGAUUUGUUGACGUAAUCCUGGGAAACAUAACUAACCCAAUACACGAAUACAUUAACAAUAAGAAACAACUUGAAGCCCAGGACUUUUAUUUUUUGACUGAGCCUCUUCAGUUGAUUUAUUCACAUAUACCUCAUUAUUACGAAGAACAACAUAUUGUGCCCGCGGUUGAUAAGUUUAUCGCACAUUGUUUGCCCCUUGUAUUCCCAUCGUUUUUUAUAAACGACUUACAACUCUAUAAGUUCAAUUUGGGGCUAUGUGAUUUGCAUAACUCUGAGGUUUUUGAGUGUUCCUUAAAGGUUCCAUCAAACGUAGAUUUGCUGGCGUCAGUAGUGGUAGAAGGGAAAUACGCUGAAAAAUACGAGAACAAAGAAUUGGCCCUAGUGCAAUAUAAGCAUCAUAAACGAACUAGGAUUGCAUGCAUAAAAGCAGUUUUACCACCUAAAACUCAUAGCGCUAUUCUUCACAUUCAUUCAGGCGUAAAUGGCUUUGGAUUAGGUAACCUAUCUUUGGCACCAUUGUCUAUGAUUGUUCCAUUGUCCCACGACGGUAAUUCCCAGGACUAUGAAUAUGUAGUCAGGGUAUCCUCAAAGGGAACCAAUGAUGUGGACCUAUACAUCAACCAACCUCAAAACAAAUAUCUCUUCCACAACCGCUCCUACACUUUUGAGGUGGACCAAAAUCCACGAGACAGCGUAUGCUACAACCCAGCGGACUCAUUCACUAGCCACGAAAGGCAUAUUUUAAUUCAAUCACCCACUGGUGAGAUUUACAAACUGCAAAAGACUAGUCCUAACGAAGUGUUUAGUUUAUGGACAGCUGAAAUACACAUCCAGGAUGUUGGCACUUGGCUUGGCAUAAUCACUACAGCUACCGAACAAGCGGGCUCGGUUUUUGCCAAAUGGACAUCCAUAUGA